CUCACGAUGAAAAAGAAUAUUGAUUUGCAUAUUUAUAAUUUGAGCUCUGAUGGUGUUUCAGUAGUAUGCGGCAAAAACUCUUUCUAAAAUAAAUUUAAAACGUUGGGUUUUUAGGUCCCACUGCAGAUUAUUCCUACCAAUCAUGAUAGGGCAUUGGCCCCGCAAAGCUUCAUCAAUAAACUUGGAAACUGUUACAGAAUUCUCAGAGAAGCUGAAACUCACGAGCUAAACUAAUGCUUGAGUACGAAAUCUGCAGCAUACAGGGAAGGAGAUAUCAACAAAUUACAGUUUAGUUUGGGGCAAUCCGAGUCCAGUUCUAAGGGGCCUGUGUGCUAAACAGAGAAAUUUCAAGUGUAAACAAUGGCAUCCAAAGCCUUGUUCUCAAUCAUUCCACGUAUAAAGCGAAAGGAGGAAAAGGAGGAAAGAAAGAGAUCAUUCUUGAAGAAUGGAAGCAUGUUACUAGAGGAUCUAAUUGCUUCUUGUGAUGGAAAAUCUCAUCCUAUUCGUUGUUACUCUGCUGCUGAGCUCAAUAGAGUUACCAACAACUUUGAUCGCUCUUGCUUUAUUACAGAUGGAACAUACUUCGACAUUUACAGGGGUAUUCUAGAUGACCGAACAGUUAUAAUUAAGAAGCAUUAUAUCGUCGACUGGGCUAUUCGUGAUAUUAUCAUAUCAAUGCAGAUGAGCGCCCAUAAGAAUUCCUUGAAAUUAUUAGGCUGCUGCUUAGAGUUUGAUACACCAGCUUUGGUGUUUGAAAAUGCAGGAAAGGGAGGUCUCAACAAUGAUGGAAGUUUAGCAGUGGAUAAUGAAUUAUUACCGUGGAAAACUAGACUGCGUAUUGCAAAGCAGCUUGCUAGUGCACUUACAUACCUACAUACUGCCUUUCCAACGCCCAUCGUUCAUAGGAAUCUGAGACCCACCUGCAUUUUAUUGGACGAUGACUAUGUUCCCAAACUCUUCGACUUUUCAUUCUCCAUAACCAUUCCACCUGACCAAUUGUAUGUUCAAGACAAUUUCGCAAUAGGGACAUCGGCGUACAUGGACCCUACUCACCGAAACUCACGUCGAAGUUCAGAAAGAACUGAUGUUUAUAUCUUUGGUGUGCUUUUACUUGUAUUCUUGACGCAAAGAGCUGCAUCAAGACGACAUGGAGCAGAAAUUGAACUCCUUAUUGGAGAUUCGAAACUUAAUGUUCCUGGUGGACAGAUUCAAAUAGAGACAAUUGCGGACCCUAAAAUCCUUGAGGAAGUCGUGGGAGAUGAGCAAGCACAACAACAACUGCAGGAUUUUCUAGCACUGGCAUUGUUAUGCAUCCAAGACGAAAAUGAAGCAAGGCCAGAUAUGAUUGAUGUGGCCAAAGAACUUGUACGAAUUGACAAGUAGUCUAUCUUUCACCUAUUAAAAAAGUCGAUGCUAAGCUCUCUGUAUUACAAGAAUAUCCAUAAUUAUCCUUAUGUAAUCAAAUUAUCUGAUUAUAAAUACUUAAUUAUGUGCAUUUCAACCA